AUGGAAAACACACCGCGGGUCGAGGGCGUACGCGUGGCUGGCGGGCAACACGGGCAUCGCGCGAGGGCCGAGGACGGCUGGGCGGGCGCGCGUGGGACGCGCUACGCUGGGGACAUACUGGGCGGCGGGCGGCUGGGCGCCGGGCGAGGGCGCUACGGGACGCUGUGGCCGGGCGGCACGCUGCUGGGCGGCGAAGCGGUCGGUCGCGCCGGCGAGAGGCGCUGGGACGCUGCUGCGGACGGCGGGCGGGCUACGGGCGGGUACGGGCCGAGGUAUGCCGGGCUGCCGGGGCGAGGCCGAGACGGGCGCUACGGUGGCGAGAGUCGAGGCGCGGCCACAGGCAGAGGCCGAGGGCGCGUGGCGGCGCUGGACGCUGCGGCGGGCACGACUGCCGAGGGUGGCGCGCGCGGAUCGAGACGGCACACACGGAUCGAGGACGGCGACGCGGAAAAAUUAGGUUGA